GGGGAACGAUCCUUUCGGCUGGGCUGACGCUAGGCGCGGACAGCAAUUCUGACAAUCGGGAGCCAUCUUCUCCGGCCUUGAUACGUCUCUGACUACGUUUCCCAGAGGACUCCUCGGCAAGACUGUAUUUCUCGCGGGAAUUCAGCAUCCAAGUCACGCGCUGGCGGGACCCUGAGGACUUUACCAGCAACUACCCCAGUGCUGGGGAGGGUUCUGCUGCUUCGGAAGCUCGUAAGGCCGGAGCUCUACUCUUCUCCAAAAGAAGAGCCAAGAGAAGGUCCUUUUCUACAAAUAUCAGAGCCAUGGCUCAGGAGUCAGUGAUGUUCAGUGAUGUGUCCAUAGACUUCUCUCAGGAGGAGUGGGAGUGCCUGAAUGAUGAUCAGAGAGAUUUAUACAGAGAUGUGAUGUUGGAGAAUUACAGCAACCUGGUUUCAAUGGCAGGGCAUUCUAUUUCUAAACCAAAUGUGAUCUCCUACUUGGAGCAAGGGAAGGAGCCCUGGUUGGUUGACAGAGAGCUAACAAGAGGCCAGUGGCCAGUCCUGGAAUCAAGAUGUGAGACCAAGAAAUUAUUUCUGAAGAAAGAAAUUUAUGAAAUAGAAUCAACCCAGUGGGAAAUAAUGGAAAAACUCACAAGACAUGAUUUUCAGUGCUCUAGUUUCAGAGAUGAUUGGGAUUGUAAUAUCCAGUUUGAGAAACAGCUUGGCUCUCAGGGGGGACAUUUCAAUCAAUUGGUGUUCACUCAUGAAGAUCUGCCCACUUUGAGUCAGCAUCCAUCCUUUACAUUACAGCAAAUCAUUAAUAGUAAAAAGAAAUUCUGUGCAUCUAAAGAAUAUAGGAAAACCUUUAGACAUGGCUCACAAUUUGCUACACAUGAGAUAAUUCAUACCAUUGAGAAGCCCUAUGAAUGUAAGGAAUGUGGAAAGUCCUUUAGACAUCCCUCAAGACUCGCUCAUCAUCAGAAAAUUCAUACUGGCAAGAAACCCUUUGAAUGUAAGGAAUGUGGAAAAACAUUUAUUUGUGGCUCAGACCUUACGCGACAUCACAGAAUUCACACUGGUGAGAAACCCUAUGAAUGUAAAGAAUGUGGGAAGGCCUUUAGUAGUGGUUCCAACUUCACUCGACAUCAGAGAAUUCACACGGGUGAGAAGCCUUAUGAAUGCAAAGAAUGCGGGAAGGCCUUUAGUAGUGGCUCAAACUUUACUCAACAUCAGAGAAUUCAUACUGGGGAAAAACCGUAUGAAUGUAAGGAAUGUGGCAAUGCCUUUAGUCAGAGCUCACAACUUAUUAAACAUCAAAGAAUCCAUACAGGUGAGAAACCUUAUGAAUGUAAGGAAUGUGAAAAGGCUUUUCGUUCUGGCUCAGACCUUACUAGACAUCAGAGAAUUCAUACUGGUGAGAAACCCUAUGAAUGUAAGAUAUGUGGGAAGGCUUAUUCUCAGAGUUCACAGCUUAUUAGUCAUCAUAGAAUUCAUACUAGUGAGAAACCCUAUGAAUAUAGAGAAUGUGGAAAGAACUUUAAUUAUAACCCACAACUUAUUCAGCAUCAAAAUUUAUACUGGUGAUGAGCCAGAAUAUAUGAAAUGUGUAGGGAGGCUUUUAAUUAUGGCUCAAAACAGAAUUUAUCUUGUUAAUAAUUUCCCUAGAUGGAAUAAUGUAGAAACAUUGUAUUUGUGGACUACAGCUUAUUCAGCCUGGGAAAAAUAAUGUUGGAGAAACACCCUAUGAUAGAAUAUAUUUUGAAAACCUUAACCAAAUGCUCACUUCUCUUGACAUCAGAUAAUUCAGUCUGUCGUACUGAAAAUGACAGCACUUUUAACACCUUUCUAACCUUCUUAAGCAUCAGAGAAUUUUUGUAGAAAUGUAGUCCUGUGGUUUUCAUUUUUUCCUAUAAUUUGUCUAACUUACAUUAUUAAAAAUACUUUUAGUAUCUGGGAGAAAUGACCUCUUUAUUUUUGAAGAUGGCUUAUUCUUUUCGUUCUUUAUAACAUUAAGGCAUUCUUACUGUAAAAAUGUUCAUGAACAACAUUUUACUCGAUAGAGAUCCUUCAAUAUCUUCAUGGUGUUUUAUUGUGUUACUGUAAUAUCACUUAUGAAAUCCCAUUGGUGGAUAUCAUAGUCUCCUCUAGAUAUUUUGCCAUAAUACAUGCCAAAAUACAAGUCCCUGAUGGACAUUCUCCCUAAACACAUAUUCAUAUCGUAUCUUUUAACUGCAGAAAUAAUGUGUGAAUAUAUUUUCCUUAUAAAAGAUGCAAACAUUACAAAAAGGCAAAUGUACCCUUUGACCAUUGUCUUGUGUCCAUUCCCUUCCCAAAGUAUAGUCUUUAUCAGUUUAUUGUUUAUUGCUGAUCAUUUUUCUGUUUAUAUAUACAUGCGUGUCUCAGUAAAAAUUAGAAAAUGGGGGAUAAUAUAAUACCUACCUCAUAAUGCUUUGUGAGGGUUAAAUAAAUUAAGACCCAUAAAGUGCUUAGCAUUGUGCCUGACAUGAUAAAUGCAUACUCACUGAAUGUUAGUCAUCAUUAUUAUAUUCAUUGUCAUCAGUAUUAUUAUUUGUAGAAAGGCUUUUUAACUUCUGCAGAACUUAGUCACUAUUAGGCAGGGUAACUGACUGAAGAAAGACCCUUUUUGAAGGUAACAAGUUAAGAAAAUGUCCCAUCAUCAUGUACUUCCUAUUGAACAUGGAAUAAUCCUAGCUGUUGGUGGGGAAAGUACUGUGAAUAAUGUGUGUGAAGGACUUUAUUCCGGAAUACUCUUUUUGCCACAUUAUAUACCCAGAAAAAAAGAAAAGAGAACAUAAACAAAAUAUUGGUGCACUGAGGAAAAAAAGUAUGAAGAGAGAAAGAGCAUCAUAUUUAAAAAAUGGACAGAGAUAGAAACAUAGUUACAGAUUUAAAAGGUUAUGUUAAAUAUAAUGCUUUUUUCUGAUAUGUUUGAAAAUUUAAACAAAAUGUUUUUUAAGGCAAGUAUACAUCAAUAUUGACUCCAAGAAAAUUAGGACUCUUAGAAGACUCUCAUAAACACAGAGAAUGGGAAAAAUUAGCAUGUGAUCAAUUAACUAUUACUAAUGAAGCACCAAAUCCAGUUUCUUUCUAAGGAAAACUUUAUCAAAUGUUCAAGGGACUAUUUCAGUUAUAUAGAAAUACACAUCUUGGCUCACGCCUGUAAUCCCAACACUUUGGGAGGCUUCGGUGUUAGGAUUAUUUGAGGCCAGGAGUUUGAGACCAUCCUGGCCAACAUGUUGAAACCCCAUUUUUAGUAAAAAAUACAAAACUUAGCCAGGUGUGGUGGCACAUGCCUGUAAUUCCAGCUACUGGGGAGGCUGAGGCAGGAGAAUCACUUGAACACAGGAGGCGGAGGUUGCAGUGAGCCAAGAUCACACCUCGGCACUUCAGCCUGAGACAGAUUGAGACUGUGUCUCAAAAAAAAAAAAAAUGUCCACAGUGUAGCUUUGUUUGGGGUUAAGUUAGUGUUUUGAAAUGAGCCUUCCCUGUGCUCAAAGCAUGCUUAGCAAGCAGCUCCCCACACUGGACAGAUCGCAUGUGUGGAAGGAUGAAGUUUAUGUCUAUAGAACUGUUAUUUUAUGCCCCACUUCCUUUUUUCUUAGAUCCUGUGUAGAUGGAUCUCUCUGAAUGUUGUGUUACUUUACUGACAUAAGGAAGUAAAAUAUUUCAUAAUAAAUUUGAGAAAGGUAGAGUAAGUAAAAAUAUCUGCAAAUGAGAGAAUUAAAUGCAGAAUUAAAAAUAUCUGCAAAUGAGAGAACUAAAAAUGGACUGUUGUAAUAUUUUGCAUUAUCAAAAUGAGAAUUGCCCAAUGAAUUUUUUUUUUUACUUUCUUUUCUUGUGUGCUUAUAAGUCUUUAAAGUUCCUUAUCUAAAAUUAGAGAUAGUGCAUUUGCACCCAAAUUAAUGAAGCAAUGCCAUUCAAGAAAAAGAAAAGGGGCUGGGUGCGGUGGCUCACGCCUGUAAUCCCAGCACUUUGAGAAGCCAAGGCAGGUGGAUCACGAGGUCAGGAGUUCAAGACCAGCUUGGCCAAUAUGGUGAAACCCCAUCUCUACUAAAAAUACAAAAAUUAGCUGGGCGUGGUGGUACAUGCCUGUAGUCCCAGCUGCUUGGGAGGCUGAGGCAGGAGAAUCUCUUGAACCCGGGAGGCAGAGGUUGCAGUGAGCUGAGAUCCUGACUGCACUCCAGCCUGGGCAACAGAGUCUCAAAAAAAUCUGUCUCAAAAAAAAAAAAGAAAGAAAAAAUGAUUAUCUUUGCUCUUCUCCAUUCCUCAUUCCCUUCCCUCUGUCCAUUUUCUUCUGAAUAAUGCUUAAAGGUUGUAUAUAUUACCCAUAUAUAUCUUCAUGCUAAAACAUUAACACACAGUUAUUUAUUUUAUUAUGUUUUUACAGAAAAAUGGAUAACUAUACAUUUCCCUGAAAUUUGCUUUUUUACAUUCAGCUGUACAUCUUGGAUUUUCCUUCAAUAGAUGAUGAUCUAACAGUCUUUCUGAUGGUUGCAGUAUGUUCCACAGUAUUCUUUACCAAUGCCUUUUCAACCACUUUCCCAAUUGUGAUAUUAUGGACUGUUUGCGCUUUUUUGCCAUCUAAAAGUAAUGCUGCAAUAAACACUUUUGUAUUCUCUGUUUUAUUUCUGUAAAAUAAGCUCCCCAAGUCAUUUCCAGUGUAUUUGUUUUGUUUUGUUUUGAGACAGAGUUUCACUCUUAAUUGGCUAGGCUGGAGUGCAAUGGAGCGAUAUUAGCUUACCGCAACCUCCACCUCCCGGGUUCAAGCGAUUCUCCUGCCUCAGCCUCCCAAGUAGCUGGCGUUACAGGUAUGCGCCACCACACCUGGAUAAUUUUGUAUUUUUAGUAGAGACAGGGUUUUUCCAUGUUGGUCAGGCUGGUCUCGAACUCCCGACCUCAGGUGAUCCGUCCCCUCGGUCUCCCAAAGUGCUGGCAUUAUAGCCGUGAGCCACCACGCCCAGCAUCAUUUCCAGUGUUUUCUAUGUUUCCUAGGAAGGUUUUGCUUCUAGAAGAUUUCAGAGGGCAAGAGAAUAAAGGUACAGAGUGCAGUUUUUCACAUGUGAUUCUGAGUGUGUAUACACAGAUUUAAUCUUUUAAUACAUCAGGAAUUGAUUACACAAUAUAAUGCAGGAUGUCAGACUUGUUUCUAUCCAGGAAUAAAACCAAUUAUGCCAGAGGUAACUAUUAUUCACCUUUCUCCUACUGAAUUAAAAUACUAUCAGUUGUAUAUUAAGUGCUAUACAUCUAUUUCUGUUCUCCAUAUUCUAGCAAUCUUUGACACUUUUCAGUAGCUUUUAUUACUUUGAAAUAAAGAUGUAUGUAUAUAUUAUUAAUAUAUAGUUUAUUAUUUGCAAAUAAAGACAUGUUUCUUCAUGAGAA